UAUAAAAAGCGUUACCAUUCAGUGAAUAGUCAGUUUGUAAUCUCGUUGCAUUACUAUAACAACAUGAUCAAAAUCGCUGUCCUUUUGGCCUUCGUUGCCUUAGCCGCUGCCGGCCCUGAUGAGCAUGCCCAAGUCCUGCGCCAAGACCAGGACGUCCGCGAAGACGGCUACAACUACAACUUUGAAACUUCAAAUGGAAUUGCUGCCCAAGAACAAGGAUCUUUGAGAGGAGACUCCCUAUCCGUCCAAGGAUACUCCCAAUACUAUGCUCCCGAUGGAACCCCAAUUCAAUUGACUUACACCGCCGACGAAAAUGGUUUCCAACCCCAAGGUGCUCAUUUGCCAACACCACCACCAAUCCCAGAUUAUAUCUUGAAGUCUUUGGAAUAUAUUCGUACCCAUGCACCACAAGGGCAACAGCAACAACAACAGUUCAGACAACAACAACCACCAAGAUUUUUUUAA